UCCGAGAGAAACAGGAGAAUCCCGGCCAACUCUCUCUCUCCCUCUCUCGAUCUCGUACAGGGUAACAUCAAGAGAAGAUGUGUUUCGAUGAAUCAGCAAUGAAGAUGGCGAAAUCCUCCUUCCUCAGCAAAAGCUCCUCGCAGUUUCUCCUCGCUGCUCCGGUUGACAGUACUAGAAGUACUAAAUGCUGUACUGACAAAGCAGCCAAGUUUGAGCUGGUGGAUUACGAUUCUCUUCCCGAGUUCCUGAAGCACAACCAGUUCAUCAUCAACUACUACCGCUCUGAAUGGCCUCUGAAGCAAACACUACUCAGCAUCUUCUCCAUACACAAUGAGACUCUUAACAUCUGGACGCAUCUGAUUGGUUUCUUCAUCUUCCUCAUCCUCGCCGGCUAUGCCGCAUCCGUCUUCCCAGUUGACAGCAACGCUUAUCCCCUGUUCCAACUCAAUACUUUAGGGAUUUCAUCAAACGGCUUCUAUAUCCAUAUAUCAAAUCAAACAACAGAGACAGCUAAUUUGGAGCCAGUGGGAUCUGUAGUUUCCCGUUGGCCGUUCUACCUCUACCUCGCCGGCGCCAUGUUCUGCCUGCUGAUGAGCAGCGCCUGCCACCUCCUCUCCUGCCACUGCUCGAGAACAAGUUACAUCAUGCUCCGACUCGAUUUUGCCGGAAUCUCGGGCCUCAUCGUGUCUUCCUACUACCCAAUCGUCUACUACAGCUUCACCUGCAGUCCUUUAAUCCGCGACCUCUACCUAGCCUUGUUCACGACCUUCGGUCUCGUUACCGUCGUCAUAUCGCUCAUGCCGGUGUUCGAUUCCCCGCAGUUCCGGCCGGUCAGGGCGGUUCUGUUCGCUUCCAUAGCGGCGUCAGUGGUGGUGCCAAUCGCCCACAAGAUGAUAGCUUUUGGGGACCGGCCGGAGGCGGUGCUGACGACGAGAUAUGAGGCUGUGAUGAUGCUGUGUUAUGGGGUAGGGGUGGUGGUCUACGCGGCGAGAGUACCAGAGAGGUGGCUGCCGGGGAAGUUCGACCUCGCCGGACAUAGCCAUCAGCUGUUUCAUGUGCUGGUGGUUGCAGGGGCUUACACGCACUAUCUAGCGAGUGUGGUGUAUCUUCAAUGGAGAGAGGCCGAAGGAUGUUAGCUAAGUUUGAUUUCAGGACCUUCGCUGCAGCCUUCCAAAAUGGACUGCGCCAACAAAUUGGAGAAGAAAUACUUUUGUAUAACAAAUUUAAAAAAUAAGUGCUAAGGAGACAAAUAAAAAAUAUUUUUGUCCGCAUUAAUUAUA